AUGCACCUUUUUACACUCCAAUUCUUCUCUCUCUAGAAACCUCUCUCUCUCUCUCUUAAACCCCCAACCCCUUACAGACGAAGGAGCUUAAACCCCGAAAAUGGCGAUGAAGGCGGCGACGGCGGCGAUUUCAGCCAAUUAUCAGAUGUGCAGGGGAAUUAGGGCUUUUUGCUCGUCUUCCUCCACCUUCCCAUUCAACUUACCCAAGACUAAUAUCGAGAAGCCUCCUCCCGCUGAACCGUCUACCAAUCUCUUCGUCUCCGGACUUAGCAAACGUACAACAACAGAAGGUCUCCGUGACGCCUUUGCUAAGUUUGGUGAAGUUCUUCACGCUAGAGUGAUGACCGAUCGUGUAUCUGGAUACUCGAAGGGUUACGGUUUUGUAAGAUACGCAACUUUACAAGAAGCUGAAGCAGGGAUCAAAGGCAUGGAUGGCCAGUUUUUGGAUGGUUGGGUUAUUUUUGCCGAGUAUGCGAGACCGAGACCUCCUGUGCCCCCUCUAAACAAUAGACCUCCUCAGGGUCAGUGGUGAAAAGAAUAUAUACAGAGAAAAACCUGCACUUGUUGAACCAUGUGCUAUUAAUCCAGACGAACAAUGGUACAAUUUUUUCGACUCAAUUUACUAUUUUUGUCUAGAAUUCAAACACGAUUUAGUAAUUAUGCAUAUUCAUGUCGGGUUUAAGGUAUUCAUGAUUCAUGCCAGGGUGUUGGUGUUUGGAAAUGUUUUAACUAGAAUUGAACCUGUGUUUGGCUUUAUAUGCAUUCGAUUGGGAAAGCCCGUUUCCCGGCUCAUUUAUUUUCCUUUUUGUUAAAUAUUUGUCGACUCUUUCUGGUCAUUAAAGAACGUUUGGAUUUUCAUUUUGAACUUGUCGAAAUACAGUCACCCAUGCGUCCAUAGUUUUAACAAUUAGACUUGCAGUGAAGUAGUUUCCGUAAAAGUUGACUUUGGUCGUCAUUUCCGUGUAAAAAUUUCAGAGUUGUAUGCAUUGGUUAAUGACCGAAGAGUACUCUAUCUUGAAUUCCUUUUUUUU